AUGGCAGGAAUACCACCCGACACGUGGAAUCCAUCUCAUGUGAUUUUAGAGACCAGGUAAGAAAAUUAUGUGAUGAUUAAUAGGUGACACCGUGCAAGGGGCCGCACGUGUGGUGCACAGUGUUGAUAGAGUUGCAGGUUUAUGCUGGGUGAUUACAUUUAAUAUGUGUUCUUGUCCCUGCCCUUUCGUUAUGCGUUAUUUAUUUUAACACCAAAUUUACUGCUGUAUAUAAUUUAUCUGAGAGUUCCACAGCAGGAGGUCCAAAAAGUAUAUAGCAAACACCCUUUCUAGGCAUUUAAAGGAGUACUCCAUGCACCAUAACCAUUAUAGUCUGCUGUAGUGGUUAUGGUGCCAGGAGUCCCCUGAUGGCAUCCCAGAGUUAUAUAUCAGGCCAUUUUAGUGUGGCUUGAAAACAUAGGUGGGUUCCAUUGGGGCCUUGCAUUGCUCUUCACUCUUUUUCACCUGGAGAAGUCAGAUGUCUCUGUAGUGUAUGACUGAAGCAGGACCACACUUACUGGUUGAAAGUGCUUCUUGAUGCAAAUAGAUUGGCAUUUUAAUCUAGGAUGGUGCCCUGGCGCUUCUGGCACCACAACCAUGUUUUAAAAUGUUUGACUUCUUACCUGGGUUGUGUCAGGUAAACUUGAAGCAAUCUGCUUGAGAACAAUGAAAGGAAAGGAUCGAUCCCAGGUAAGAAGCCAAAUUGUUCUAAAACAGAGUAUGUGCAUAUGAGGGAGUGCCAGGGCAAUAGAACAUAGAAACAUAGAAACAUAGAAUGUGACGGCAGAUAAGAACCAUUCGGCCCAUCUAGUCUGCCCAAUUUUCUAAAUACUUUCAUUAGUCCCUAGUCUUAUCUUAUAGUUAGGAUAGCCUUAUGCCUAUCCCACGCAUGCUUAAACUCCUUUACUGUGUUAACCUCUACCACUUCAGCUGGAAGGCUAUUCCAUGCAUCCACUACCCUCUCAGUAAAGUAAUACUUCCUGAUAUUAUUUUUAAACCUUUGUCCCUCUAAUUUAAGACUAUGUCCUCUUGUUGUGGUAGUUUUUCUUCUUUUAAAUAUAGUCUCCUCCUUUACUGUGUUGAUUCCCUUUAUAUAUUUAAAUGUUUCUAUCAUAUCCCCCCUGUCUCGUCUUUCCUCCAAGCUAUACAUGUUAAGAUCCUUUAACCUUUCCUGGUAAGUUUUAUCCCGCAAUCCAUGAACCAGUUUAGUAGCCCUUCUCUGAACCCUCUCUAAGGUAUCAAUAUCCUUCUGAAGAUACGGUCUCCAGUACUGUGUACAAUACUCCAAGUGAGGUCUCACCAGUGUUCUGUACAAUGGCAUGAGCACUUCCCUCUUUCUACUGCUAAUACCUCUCCCUAUACAACCAAGCAUUCUGCUAGCAUUUCCUGCUGCUCUAUUACAUUGUCUGCCUACCUUUAAGUCAUCAGAAAUAAUCACCCCUAAAUCCCUUUCCUCAUAUGUUGAGGUUAGGACUCUAUCAAAUAUUCUGUACUCUGCCCUUGGGUUUUUACGUCCAAGAUGCAUUAUCUUGCACUUAUCCACAUUAAAUGUCAGUUGCCACAAUUCUGACCAUUUUUCUAGUUUACCUAAAUCAUUUGUCAUUUGGCUUAUCCCUCCUGGAACAUCAACCCUGUUACAUAUCUUAGUAUCAUCAGCAAAAAGACAUACCUUACCAUCAAGACCUUCUGCAAUAUCACUAAUAAAAAUAUUAAAGAGAAUGGGUCCAAGUACAGAUCCCUGAGGUACCCCACUGGUGACAAGUCCAAGCUUCGAAUAUAUUCCAUUAACUACAACCCUCUGUUGCCUGUCACUCAGCCACUGCCUUACCCAUUCAACAAUAUUGGAAUCCAAACUUAAAGAUUGCAGUUUAUUGAUAAGCCUUCUAUGUGCAACAGUGUCAAAAGCCUUACUGAAAUCUAGGUAAGCAAUGUCUACUGCACCACCCUGAUCUAUAAUUUUAGUUACCCAAUCAAAAAAAUCAAUAAGAUUUGUUUGGCAUGAUCUCCCUGAAGUAAACCCAUGUUGUCUCUGAUCUUGAAAUCCAUGUGUUUUUAGAUGUUCAUCAAUCCUAUCCUUUAACAUGGUUUCCAUCACUUUCCCCACUACUGAAGUAAGGCUUACUGGCCUAUAGUUGCCCGACUCCUCCCUAUUACCUUUCUUGUAAAUGGGCACAACAUUCGCUAACUUCCAAUCUUCUGGGACUACUCCUGUUAACAAUGAUUGGUUAAAUAAAUCUGUUAAUGGUUUUGCUAGUACACCACUAAGCUCUUUUAAUAGCUUUGGGUGUAUUCCAUCAGGUCCCAUUGACUUAUUUGUCUUUACUUUUGACAGUUGAAAUAGAACCUCUUCCUCUGUAAACUCACGUGUAAUAAAUGACUCAUUUAUCCUUUUUCUCAACUGAGGUCCCUUUCCUUCAUUUUCUACUGUAAAUACAGAACAAAAAUAUUCAUUGAGGCAGUCAGCCUGACCUUUAUCCUCUUCUACAUACCUUCCUUCUUUUGUUUUUAAUCUAACUAAUCCUUGUUUUACUUUUCUUUUCUCAUUUAUGUAUCUAAAAAAUGUUUUAUCCCCCUUUUUUACUGACUGUGCUAUUUUCUCUUCUGUGUGUGAUUUGGAAGCUCUUAUAACUUGCUUAGCCUCUUUCUGCCUAAUCUUAUAGAUCAUUUUGUCUCCCUCACUCUGGGUUUUUUUAUAAUUCCUAAAUGCUAACUUUUUGUUUUUAACUAUUUUGGCCACAUCUGCGGAGUACCACAGUGGUUUCUUGAAUUUUUUGCUUUUACUGACAAGCCUAAUGCAAUUUUCUGUUGCCUUCAAUAGUGCAACUUUUAAAUAAUCCCAUUUCUCUUGGACUCCAUUUAAAUUGCUCCAGUCUGAUAAUGACUCCUCUACCCAUAUUCUAAUUUUAGAAAAGUCUGUUUUUCUAAAGUCUAAAACUUUUGUUUUUGUGUGGUGUGACUCAGUCACUGUUCUUAUAUUAAACCACACUGACUGAUGAUCACUGGAUCCUAAACUUUCACCUACAGUAACAUCUGAUACCAAAUCUCCAUUUGUUAACACUAAAUCUAGUAUGGCCUCUUUACGAGUUGGCUCCUCAACAACUUGCUUUAGAGACAACUCCAGUAGGGAGUUUAGAAUAUGUGUGCUCCUGGCACAAGUAGCUAAUUUUGUUUUCCAAUUUACAUCAGGAAGAUUAAAGUCACCCAUGAUGAUAACUUCCCCCUUCAUUGUCAUAUACUACUGCACUCUGUAGUGGUUAUGGUGAUUGCAGUGUUUCUUUAAGUAACAAUCAGUCACUUCCUGGUUUGGUGAGAGCUUAUUGCAAAUCUGCACAGGUUAAAGUUUUGCAGUAACUUUAAAAAAAAAAAAAAACACUUUUUUUAUGUUUUUAAAUAUAUAUGUGCAAUGCAAUUAAAAAAAAUGGAUGAAUGUGAAGCUGAAGGUUUUUUUUUUUUUUUCUCUUAAUUUAAUUUCUAUAUUUCAGUAUGGGCACAAUUACAUUGGAGUUAUACUGGCUUAAUGCCCCCAAGACAUGCAAGAAUUUAGCAGAGCUAGCCCGAAGAGGAUAUUAUAAUGGGACCAAAUUUCACCGUAUUAUCAAAGACUUCAUGGUCCAAGGGGGAGAUCCAACUGGAACAGGUAUGGAAAAAGAAAUAGAAUCUAAUAACCAAAAAAAACUAUUAAAAGUGUUAAUGGGGUAUUUGUAGUUUAAUUUAAAUCAAAUCUGUUAAGAUUAUUCACGUGAUGUGUGAAUUAUUGUGAGUCAAAUUGCAUAUUUUAGGUCAAAAUAGCUGGGAUGAAAACAUUGCUAAUGUGCAAGACUUUUUCAAAUUUGGAUCUUUUGGUCUAAUUUGAUAUUUUCCUUGAAUUCCAACAAUUCACAUUUUAAUGAAUAUUCAUGAAAGUUUUGCAGGCAAGCAUGUCCUAUGAAUGAGGUGUGUGUGUGUGUGUGUGUGUGUAUAUAUAUAUAUAUAUAUAUAUAUAUAUAUCACCUGUUUGUGUGAGAGAGAGAGGAAACCGUCAUGUGUUUGCAGACUAGGUAAAAUAAUACCAUAUGAAAUCAAUGGUAUUCCUUUACAGAGGGAUUUGCAUAGAUUAGAGGACUGGACAGGCAUGUGACAAAUAAGAUUCAAUAGAUAAAAGCAAUGUAAUGCAUAUUGGAACAAGGAACCCACAAGCAAAUCACCAGAACUUGUACAAUUGCCUAUGUCAUUAACCCCUUAAGGACCAAAAAUCUGGAAUAAAGGGGAAUCAUGACAUGUCACCCAUGUCAUGUGUCCUUAAGAGGUUAAAAGAACACUAUAGUGUCAGGAAUACAAAUGUGUGAAACGUAGGUACGCAUUGGGAGGCCAAAGUACACGUGCGGCAAAAUGCAGCGCUGAUCCAAACUGCAUCUCCUCCUAGAGAUGCAUUGAAUCAAUGCAUCUCUAUGGGGUGUGUUCAGCGUCUCCAUGCAGAGUGUGGAGAAGCUGAAUGCCUGACCCUGGAAGCACCUCUAAUGGCCAUCUGAGUGACUGCCAUUAGGGAUGUUGCUAGGCAGUCUUUACUUUGAAAAGUCUAAAGUUUACAUUAAAAUAGUUUUUAGUUGACUUGACCCAUAAUUAACCACUAGCAAAUCUAGAAAACCAUAUUUGCAUCUUAAUAAAUUUCAAGCAUUUGGUACUGUCCUUGUGGGCUAAAAUCGGGUGUACAUUUAUAUCCGUGAAAGCUGGCUUGCUAAAUUCAGAGAUUUGUUGUAACUACUAAUUUGAAAAUGUCGCUCACUCUUCCUGUCUCAGGACGUGGAGGAGCCUCAAUUUACGGAAAGCAGUUUGAAGAUGAAAUUCAUCCAGACCUCAAAUUUACAGGUCUGCGAUUUAUUUAUUUAUUUUUCUUUAAUAGUAUAUUCUGCUAUCAUUCAUUUUUACUUGAGGUAUGAUUCUCUUCUUCUGUCUCCUUUCCAGGUGCUGGCAUUCUGGCUAUGGCAAAUGCUGGUCCAGACAGCAAUGGAAGUCAGUUUUUUUUGACACUUGCACCAUGUCAGUGGCUGGAUGGGAAACAUACCAUAUUUGGCCGUGUAUCACAGGGUCUGGGGACACUGAACCGUCUGGGCAUGGUGGAAACAGAUUCUCAGGACCGUGCAAUUGAUGAUGUCAGAAUUCUGCGAGCUUUUCCCUCUAGUUGA